GAACAAUUAUUGAUAUCAAUCACUCAAUCAGUCGCCACGACGGCACUAGACUUCGAUCGAUGAAUGCACUAUACACACAGCACACACACACACACACAGCCAAUCAAGUGUCUGUCUGCACACUACAAGUACAAAAUGCACACACGCCCUAUUCGAUGGGGGCGCUUGGUGACUGACUGGCACACACACAAGCAGCCAGGAAAAAUGCCGCCACGCCAUGUCAUGUCGACCGGAAAAACGCCCACAACACAAAUCAGCUGCCACACGGUGAAAAACCAACGGAGCACACUCACGCACCCACACCCCACUAGAUGGGUGAAAGGAUGCACACAGUAGGAGGCACACGCUUGUCAGGCGGCUGUGGCGUUAGUCCUCAUGUAUUUCUUGUACUCGUCGAGGGCGUCAGGGUUUGCCAGUGCACUCCUGUUGGGUACCGGCCUGCCGUGGAUGACCUCGCGCACGGCAAGCUCCACGACUUUGCCGGUCUUGGUGCGGGGGAUGUCGCGCACCGGGUAGAUGUACGCUGGCACGUGCCUGACAAACGGGAAAGGAAUGACAGGAAAGGACCGUUGCUAUUUCGGGGUGACUGUCUUUCUGUCUGUGGUUGUGUUUGUUGUUACCUUGGUGUGGUGUUGGAUCUGAUUUGGUGUUUGAUCUUCUUGAUGAGGGCCUCAUCCAACUCGCAGUCCUUCCUGCGCACCAUGCGAGAGAGAAUACGUUCUCUCAGAAACGGUCAGUGUCUUGUGUCUCCCUCCCUCCCUUCCUCCCUCUCUCUCUAUGUGUGUGCUGUGUGGUGGGGGGCGGUUACGUACCUGAGUUUGACGAACAGAACGAUCUCCACGUCCCGCUGCACGCCCUCCUCGUCGAGUAUCUCGCCAGCCACAGCAAUCGACUCCUCCACCUCAUCCAACUUGUCCACCUGACACAUGCAACACACACACUGUCAUCUCUGUUGUCACAUGAUGGAUGCCCUGGAUGCGCACCUCUCUGUAUAUCUCAGCGGUGCCGACCCUGAUGCCCCCCGGGUUGAGCACGGCGUCCGACCGGCCGUACACCACCACUCCGCCCCUGUCAGUGAUCUCGGCAAAGUCACCAUGCGCCCACACGUUGUCAUACUUGGCGAAAUACGCCUUCCUGAAGGAAUGAAUCGGUCGUACGUGUCUUGGUCAUGAGUGCAAUGCACUCAUCAGCGAGCGGCACUGCCCUAGUUACUUGUAUUUUUGGUUGUGUGGGUCGUGCCAGAAGCCCCAUGGCUGGCUGGGGAAGGGUUUGGUGCAGACGAGCUCGCCCUUCUCGCACUUGACGGACUGGCCGUGCUCAUUGUACACCUCAACUGCCAUACCUGCACAAAAAGGAGGAAGGAACGAAGGCAUAGCCAAGUGCCCCUCCCUGUGUGUGGGUGUGGCCUACCGAGCCCCAGCGCUUGGAUCUCGCCUCGGUAGACAGGCCCAAUGGGGUUGCCUGCAGCGGCCACAAACACAUCAGCGAAAGGAUAUGUCGGGUGUGCAUUUGUCAUGCAGACACUCUCGCCCUGACCAAGUAUGAAGCACGAUAUGAUGUCCGUGCCCCCAGAUAUGGACGACAGACACACGUCAUCCUUGAUCUCACGAUACACAUAGUCGAAGCUGACACACACACACAGACACACACAUCAGUCAGUGCAUCUGUCUGUCAAUGUCUUUAUUUAGCGCUGGCUGAUGGUGACCUUACGCCUCGGCAGUGAGCGGCGAGCCUGUUGAUGUGAUGGUACGAAGAGCGCUGAGGUCGUGGGUCCUGAGUGACACAGAAAGCACGGCAACACGCAUGGAGACAACAAGUAUGUGGUGACGGUACUGAUUUCUUCUCGCUCACUUCCGGGGCGACACCCCCGCUUUGUUGAGGUAGUCUAUGUACUUGGCUGACGUGCCAAACAGCGACCCGCCUAACACACACACACACAGACGGAUAUCACACACACAGACGGAUAUCACACACUGGCAGGUAUCCACACGAAACUAAUCGCAUGGGAGAGGUGUGCCAUCUGUCGGCCCAGACCCACCGACCAUAGGUAUCGACAAAGUCCCACAGAAUGGAUGUGUGUGGGUGGAAUGGGUUGCCGUCGUACAGCAGCAGUGUGGCCUCCGAGGCCAGCCCGGCCGUCAGCCAGUUCCACAUCAUCCAACCACACGUCGUGAAGUAAAAUAUCCUAUCGCCGGAAUGGACGUCCGUAUCUGACAACCACCACACAGACACAAUCGCACAGGUCAACACCUCUCUCUGAGUGAGUGUGUCUUUGUGUCUUACGCAGUUGGUGUUCCUUGAUGAGCUGCAGGAGGCAGCCCACCCGGUGCACUAUGCAUUUGGGCAGGCCAGUGGUGCCGCUGCUGAACAGAAUGAAGGCGGGGUCGUUGAAGGACCGGUCGGCGUACUCGAUCUCCGCCACGGGCUGCCCCUCACUGCAGAGGUCUUCCAAGGUCGUCAUGCCGGGCUGUGAUGGCAGAGGGGCGGGUGAGUCGUGUCUGUAUGGGAGCACCACUGUCUGCAGCAGGGUGGGCAGCUGACGGGACACCUCCAGAACCUGCAGCGAGAGAGAGAGAGAGAGAGCAGCACCAAAGAAACAGUACUGGAUGCAUGUCGUCGCAGCGCAUACCAACCCACCCACCUUUGGCAUUGUGUCGAUCCACUUGCCCUUGUAGAGGUAUCCGUCCGUGGCGAACAGCAGCCUGGGCUCGAUCUGCCCCAGCCGGUCCAUCACGCCCUCGACACCAAAGUCAGGCGAACACGAUGACCACACACCUUCACAGACCAGCACAUGGCAUACACGAAUCUGCAACUCGCGUCAUUCAUCGCCUUGUUGUGUGUGCGCACCUCCGACGGCUUGUGUGGCGAUCAUGGCGACGGUCGCUUCAGGCGUGUUGGCCACCACAGCACCAACACGGUCACCAGCUGCAGAAGAAAGAACAAAAGACACACACACGCAGGCAGGCAGGCAGGCACGAUUCAAUCACUGCUGCCAUUGACUCGUGCGUGUGUGUGUGUUGUCUUACGGUUGACGCCGAGCCUCCUCAUCUCCGCUGUCAGCCUGGCCACUUGGUCAUGAAGCUGUGCGAAUGAAAGCUCUCGCCGCACCUGAUCCUCGCCCCAGAAGAUCAGUGCUGGCGCGUCAUCACGACGCCUGCACAACACGCCACACGGCACAGCACAGACACACCAUCAACAAAGCUAUGUACAUUGAUUGCCCGCCUGUGUGCUCCCAUCUCACCUGAGCAUGUUCUCGGCGAAGUUGAGCCUGCCGUCAGGGAAGAACCUGCAGGCCAUCAUGUCGUGCUGGUUGUCCACCAGCCGGCCGCCCUUGACGCCUCUCACGCCGCAGAAGUCCCACACGUGGCUCCAGAAGGCAGGCGCCUCGUCCACAGACCACCGGUGCAGCCGCGCAAACUCAUCGUGUCUGCCCCCGUGCCGCACAGAGAGGGGCGCCUUCUCGUUGAUGAAUCGGGUGAGGAGCGCCCGCUGCCGCCUCUCUUCUGAUGGCGCCCAGAGAAGGGCGUGGUGAUGAGUCGACAGAGUGCGGAACGAGGUGGCGUUGCAUCUGGUGGUGAGGCGAUGGAGAGAUGGCCAUGACGGCAGAGAGAGGGGGAGGGGGAGGGGGAAGGCAUGCUUCGAUAACGAGGGCAUGACGGCUCUCACGAAGAGAG